CCCUCCCUCCCUCCCUCACUCACUCACUCCCUCACUCACUGCAACACCGACCUUUGGUCGUGGCAUUUUUUCUUUCUUUCUCUCUCUCUCGUUUCUGCAGCCAUCCCCUCCACCCGCUUUGCUGCUGCUGUUACUUCGCCGCCUGGUGUUGCUUUGCUGUGCAGUAGCCAACUUUUCUUUUCUGUGUGGUCGGUGCUGGACUGUCCCUCUGCCCCGCAGCCUCGCACCGCUUCUUCACUUCAGUUCGCUCCGCAGUAAAGCUGCAAAAUAAAAAUAAAAAAUCGGCUGCACAGCCGGAGAGAGGGAGAGGGAGAGAGGGCAAACAGCCGGGCCAUCCCCAGCAGAUCAGACUGCGGGAGAGCUCCAACACGCAGGAUGAAAUGAAGAGAAGAGUCACAGAAACUGGAUUCAUCUUCACUUAACCCGAGGCGAUGCUUUGCAAUGCAGGCAACCAAAGUAACCUGAGGCAUUCCGCUCCAUGAAGUUAACUGAAGUGGCCCCCAAAACACCAGAAUACCUGAGGUCAUCAUGAACAGUGACGAGCAAAGCCUGACAAUGUCCCAGAAAUUAUUGACUCCUACCCUGAGUUCCAGCAGCUCUUUUAAACCAGAUAUUCGGCAGUUGGAACAGGACAGCUGGGAGAUUGUGGAGGGUCUUCGAGGUGCUAUGAAUAACAUCCAAGAGCCAAACACACAGGAAGGCUACCUACUGAAGAAGAGAAAGUGGCCUCUGAAAGGCUGGCAUAAGAGAUAUUUCUUCUUAGAUAAAGGAAUGCUGAAGUACUCCAAGACUCAAGCUGAUAUUCAGAAGGGAAAGCUUCAUGGAUGCAUUGACGUUGGAUUGUCCGUGAUGUCAAUAAAAAAGAAAGCGAAAUGCGUUGAUCUAGAUACUGAAGAACACAUAUACCAUUUGAAGGUAAAAUCGCUGGAGUUAUUUAAUGAGUGGGUCAUGAAGCUACGUCAUCACAGGCUUUACCGCCAGAAUGAAAUUGCCAAGUUUCCACACGAGGUUACUACUCACUUCUUUCCAGUCUCGCCUGUUACAGACUCUUCACCAAGUUCUUUGGAAUCCCCUUCUCUCAGAAAGUUGCAGAGAAACAGCCUAUCCAAACAAAUGUCUCUCCAAGGUGCCCCCAGCUUUCCUCUUACCUACUCCAACAGUCAGUUCAAGGUGGCAGCUUGGUUACAAAGUUCAGAAGAUAUAGACAAAUGUUCAAAAGAACUCUCUCAGUGUCAAUCAAGUUUAACAGAGCUGGCACAGCUCAUAGAACACAUGGAGGUAAUACACAGGACAUAUUCUGCACCAGCUAUAAAUGCUAUUCAGGGGUACGUCUUUGAAAGUCCAAAAAAGGAAAAACGUGUUCAGAGAAGGUGGCUCUCUAAAAGUUUUGGCAAAGAUGCUAAAACAACACUACAGGUCCCUUCAAUCUCUGCAAAUUCGAUGCGAUUGCAUGCCUCAAACCCUAACCUGUCUGAAAUGUUUCUUGGAGAAACAAAACAUUUUUCAGAUGUUUCUGAUCUACCUUCAAACUACUCCAAGCUCCAAGAAGAGUUCUGCCACAUUGCACAAGAAGUUCAUUGCAGUUUGAAGUCUGCAUUUAAUACAAUAGUAAUUGAAAAGGAGAAACUGAAGCAGAUGGUAUCGGAACACGAUGUUUGCCCAUCACCAUCUGGACAAAUGAUUGGCCUGAAGAAUGCCUUAUCCACGGCCAUAGCUCAGAAUACAGAGCUCAGGGACCGGCUGUGCAGGAUACACGCUGAGUCUAGGCUGGUAGACCCAGCUGUCACUGUAAAUUCAAGUCCAGGUCCAGUUAAGCAGCAAGACCUUACUCAAGUAACCAACCCUCUGGUGCAUCAACUCUCAAAUGAAAGCAGGGUCUCUCGAACAGACUCUCUCUCCGAAUUUUUUGAUGCACAGGAAGUCUUGCUGUCCGCAAGCUCUUCAGAGAAUGAAGCUUCAGAUGAUGACUCGUAUGUCAGUGACAUAAGUGACAAUAUUUCAGAGGACAACUUAAGUACUGAAGUGGAGAUUGAUACUCCGAAUAUGUUAUCUGCUGCCCAAAAUGGGACGGAACAUCUUGCGAGAAGAAGAUCGUGUCUGCCAGCUCCAGGACCAAACAUCAGUAAUAUAAGUUUGUGGAAUAUUCUAAGGAAUAACAUAGGAAAAGAUCUUUCCAAGGUUUCCAUGCCGGUUCAACUAAACGAGCCAUUGAACACUCUUCAGCGCCUAUGUGAAGAACUGGAGUACAGCGAACUACUGGAUAAGGCAUCUCAGACCCUGGACCCUUUUGAAAGAAUGGUUUUCGUAGCAGCUUUUGCAGUUUCAGCUUAUGCAUCCACAUAUUACAGAGCUGGGAGUAAGCCAUUUAACCCAGUUCUUGGGGAAACGUAUGAAUGCGUGAGAGAAGACAAAGGCUUCAGGUUUAUUGCAGAACAGGUCAGCCACCACCCUCCCAUUUCUGCAUGUAAUGCUGAAUCAAAAAACUUUGUCUUCUGGCAAGAUGUGAGGUGGAAGAACAAAUUCUGGGGUAAAUCGAUAGAGAUAGUACCAAUUGGCACAGUACAUGUAACUCUGCCAGGGUAUGGAGACCAUUAUGAAUGGAGUAAAGUAACCUCUUGUAUACACAAUAUCCUGAGUGGACAGCGAUGGAUAGAACAUUAUGGUGAAAUUUUAAUAAAGAACAGGAACAGCAGCAUUUGCCAAUGCAAGUUGACAUUUGUCAAGGCAAAAUAUUGGAACUCAAAUGUAAAUGAGGUUGAAGGGACCAUAAUGGAUCAAUAUGGGAAAACAGUGCAAAAACUGUUUGGAAAAUGGCACGAGGGUAUAUAUUGUGGCUCACCCCCAUCAGCAACUUGCAUCUGGAGACCAAAUUCUGUUCCAAAGGAGUUUGAGCAGUACUACGGCCUGACUAAAUUUGCACUAGAAUUAAAUGAACUGCACCCUGAUUUGAAAUCAAGCCUGCCAUCCACUGACACAAGGUUUCGGCCUGAUCAAAGAUAUUUGGAAGAAGGUAACACUGAAGCUGCAGAGUCCCAAAAGGAAAGGAUUGAACAACUUCAAAGAGAAAGGAGGCGAAUUCUUGAAGAAAACAACAUGAUUCAUCAGGCUCGGUAUUUUAGACAAUCUCAUGACGUUGGUAAAGAAUCUUGGAUCAGCACAGAAACCUACUGGGAGCUUCGAAAAGACCCAGGCUUUGACAAGCUUGAGUGCCCACUGCUUUGGUGAAAGGUUACAACAAUUAUUGGGCACCAACACAUCCAUUCUUUGUUUCAAGACUAUUUUCUUUGGUUUAUUAGUAAUCUCUUUGGAACAGAUGUGUAUUGUCAAACACAAACACUGAUGAGUCAUCUGUAGUUGUCUUUAUAAAUCAAGUGGUGACUUGUAUUUAUUUAUUUUAAACUUAUAAAGGCAUUGAAUAUGCAGUUUUAUGCCUUAACAGAAAGUACUGGAUCUAAAAUUGAUGUAACGUUGCUUCAAAUAUUUUAUAUACUGCAGGGUUUGGUUAUUUACAAGGAAGCACAAAAACGUAGAUGUGCAACAUAUGCAAAUAUAUCAUGUAUUUAUUGCUUAUAAAGCAUAUGAAUGUUCUAUAUAAAUCUUAUAUAGAGAGAAUCUUAUAAUAUGCCUUUUACAUUCCUUUUCAUAAAGGCUUUCAGAAUGCUUUCAACAUUGAAUUUAUUUAAAGUUUAGUACUGACCGCUUUAAAAGGUGAUAGCAUGUAUACAAGAUAUAUUAUAAAAGUCUCCUGUACAAAUUAA